AUGGCAAAGAGGAACCAAACCAUCAUCUUAGAGUUCCUCCUUUUGGGCCUGCCUAUCCAGCCAGAGCAUCAAAACCUGUUCUAUGCUCUGUUCCUGGCCAUGUAUGUUACCACUGUCCUGGGGAACCUCCUCAUAAUGUUCCUGAUUCGACUGGACCCCCACCUCCACACACCCAUGUAUUUGUUUCUCAGUAACCUGUCUUUCUCUGACCUCUGCUUCUCCUCUGUCACCAUGCCUAAGUUGUUGCAGAAUAUGAAGAGCCAUGCCCUGUCCAUCCCCUACGCAGGCUGUCUGGCCCAGAUGUAUUUUUACUUGUUUUUUGGAGUUCUUGAGAGCUUCCUGCUUGUGGCCAUCUGCUUUCCCCUGCACUACGCCGCCAUCAUGAGCCCCAGGCUCUGUCUCGCUCUGCUGGCGCUGUCCUGGGUGCUGACCACUGCCCAUGCCACAUUGCACACCCUGCUCAUGGCCAGGCUGUCCUUCUGUGCUGACAAUGUGAUUCCUCACUUUUUCUGUGACACGUCUACUUUGUUGAAGCUGUCAUGCUCUGAUACUCGAGUCAAUGGGUUGGUGAUACUUUUCAUGGGAGGACUCAUUCUCGUGAUCCCGUUUCUACUCAUCAUCAUGUCCUAUGCACGAAUUGUCUCCUCCAUCCUCAAAGUUCCUUCUGCCAGGGGUAUCCGCAAGGCCUUCUCCACCUGUGGCUCCCACCUCUCCAUGGUGCCUCUCUUCUAUGGGACAAUUAUUGGUCUCUACUUGUGCCCAUCAGCUAAUAAUUCUACUGUUAAGGAGACUGUGAUGGCUAUGAUGUACACUGUGGUGACCUCCAUGCUGAACCCCUUCAUCUACAGCCUGAGGAACAGAGACAUGAAGGGAGCUCUGAGAAGAGUCUUUUGGAAAAAGAAAAUAUCUUUCUCUCUAAAAUGGUAA